CUGUGUCCAAUCACAGCUGAUCACUGCUCAUCAGGGCACUGAUGAUCAGUGUGCCCUGAUGAUCUGUGUAGCCCCAGAAGUGCCACCUGUCAGUGUCCAUCAGUGCCAGCUGCCAGUGCUAAACAGUGCCACAUAUCAGUGCCUACCAGUGCACAUCAAUGCCACGUAUCAGUGCCCAUCUGAGCUGCCUUUCAGUGUCACCCAUCAGUGCCAGUGUCACUUAUCAAUGCCAAUCAGUGCCACCUAUCAAUGCCAAUCAGUGCCACCUAUCAGUGUGCAUCAGUGCCACCUAUCAGUGUGCAUCAGU